AUGAGAACUUAUCGGUAUUUCUUGCUGCUUUUCUGGGUUGGUCAGCCCUACCCAACUUUCUCAACUCCCGUGUCUAAGAGGACUAGUGGUUUGCCGGCAAAGAAAAGGACCCUGGAGCUCUCUGGAAACAGCAGAAAUGAGCUGAACCGUUCAAAAAGGAGCUGGAUGUGGAACCAGUUUUUUCUCCUGGAGGAAUACACGGGAUCCGAUUAUCAGUAUGUGGGCAAGUUACAUUCAGACCAGGAUAGAGGAGAUGGAUCACUUAAAUAUAUCCUUUCAGGAGAUGGAGCAGGAGAUCUCUUCAUUAUCAAUGAAAACACAGGUGAUAUACAGGCCACCAAGAGGCUAGACAGGGAAGAAAAACCUGUUUACAUACUUCGAGCUCAAGCUGUAAACAGAAGGACAGGAAGACCUGUGGAGCCUGAGUCUGAAUUCAUCAUCAAGAUCCAUGACAUCAACGACAAUGAACCAAUAUUCACCAAGGAGGUCUACACGGCCACUGUCCCUGAAAUGUCUGAUGUCGAUUUAACACAUGUGGAUUUAAUUUGUUUAAACUGCAAGGAGGGACAGCCCUAUUUUUCAGUUGAAUCAGAAACAGGUAUCAUCAAGACAGCUUUGCUCAACAUGGAUCGAGAAAACAGGGAACAGUACCAAGUGGUGAUUCAAGCCAAGGAUAUGGGCGGCCAGAUGGGAGGAUUAUCUGGUACCACCACAGUGAACAUCACGCUGACUGACGUCAACGACAAUCCUCCCAGAUUUCCCCAGAGUACCUACCAGUUUAAAACCCCUGAAUCUUCUCCACCGGGAACGCCAAUUGGCAGGAUCAAAGCCAGUGACGCUGAUGUGGGAGAGAACGCUGAAAUUGAAUACAGCAUCACAGAAGGAGAGGGGCUGGACAUGUUUGAUGUCAUCACUGACCAGGACACUCAGGAAGGGAUCAUAACUGUUAAAAAGCUUCUGGACUUUGAAAAGAAGAAAGUGUACAACCUCAAAGUAGAAGCCUCCAACCCUCAUGUUGAGCCUCGUUUUCUCUACCUGGGCCCAUUCAAAGAUUCAGCCACAGUUAGAAUUACCGUUGAGGAUGUAGACGAGCCUCCUAUCUUCAGCAAACUGGCCUACAUCCUACAGAUAAGAGAAGAUGCUCAGAUAAAUACGACACUAGGCUCGGUCAUAGCCCAAGAUCCCGACGCUGCCAGGAAUCCCGUCAGGUAUUCUGUUGAUCGUCACACAGAUAUGGACCGAAUAUUCAACAUUGAUUCUGGAAAUGGUUCCAUUUUUACAUCAAAACUUCUUGACCGAGAAACACUGUUAUGGCACAACAUUACAGUGAUAGCAACAGAGAUCAAUAACCCAAAGCAAAGCAGCCGAGUGCCUCUGUAUAUUAAAGUUCUAGAUGUCAAUGACAACGCCCCAGAAUUUGCUGAGUUCUAUGAAACCUUUGUCUGUGAAAAAGCAAAGGCAGACCAGUUGAUUCAGACCCUACGUGCCAUUGACAAGGAUGAUCCUUAUAGUGGGCACCAAUUCUCGUUCUCUUUGGCCCCUGAAGCAGCCAGUGGCUCGAACUUCACCAUUCAAGACAACAAAGACAACACUGCAGGAAUCUUAACUCGGAAAAAUGGCUAUAACAGACAAGAGAUGAGUACCUACUUCCUGCCGGUGGUCAUUUCAGACAACGACUACCCAGUCCAAAGCAGCACUGGGACAGUGACUGUCCGGGUCUGUGCAUGUGACCCCAACGGAAACAUGCAGUCCUGCCAUGCGGAAGCCCUCAUCCACCCCACGGGGCUGAGCACAGGGGCUCUGGUUGCCAUUCUUCUAUGCAUCGUGAUCCUACUAGUAACUGUGGUCCUGUUCGCUGCUCUGAGGCGGCAGCGGAAAAAGGAGCCCUUGAUCAUUUCCAAAGAGGACAUCAGAGAUAACAUCGUCAGUUACAACGAUGAAGGCGGCGGGGAGGAGGACACCCAGGCCUUUGACAUCGGCACCCUGAGAAACCCCGAAGCCAUAGAGGACAACAAAUUACGGAGGGACAUCGUGCCCGAAGCCCUUUUUCUACCCCGACGGACUCCGACAGCUCGUGACAACACCGACGUCAGAGAUUUCAUUAACCAAAGGUUAAAGGAAAACGACACGGACCCCACAGCGCCCCCCUACGACUCUUUGGCCACCUACGCCUAUGAAGGCACCGGCUCGGUCGCCGAUUCCCUGAGCUCGCUGGAGUCGGUGACCAUGGAUGGCGACCAAGACUACGACUACCUUAGCGACUGGGGCCCUCGCUUCAAAAAGUUGGCAGAUAUGUAUGGAGGGGUGGACAGUGACAAAGACUCCUAA